AUGACCGAAAGAAAUCUCACCACUGUGACAGAGUUCAUUCUCGUGGGCUUCACAAAUCACCCUGAACUGGCAGUUCUGCUCUUCCUGGUGUUUCUCAGUUUCUAUCUUGUCGCUCUUCUAGGGAAUGUGGGGAUGAUUAUUCUAAUCCAAGCAGACAUCCAACUCCACACCCCAGUGUACUUCUUCCUGAUUCACCUCUCCCUCCUGGAUGCCUGUUAUGCCUCAGUCAUCACCCCUCAGAUCCUGGCCACACUAGCCACAGGCAAGAAGGUCAUCUCCUAUGGCUGCUGUGCUGCCCAGUUCUUUUUCUUCACCAUCUGUGCAGGCACAGAGUGUUGCCUGCUGGCAGUGAUGGCCUAUGACUGCUAUGUCGCCAUUAGCAACCCACUGCACUACAACAUGGCUAUGACUCCAGGCACCUGCAGGGGCUUGUUGGCCGGGGCCUAUAUGCGUGGGGUGUCGGGGGCCAUCCUGCGUACCAUGUGCACUUUCACCCUCUCCUUUUGUGAUGACAAUGAGAUCAACUUCUUCUUCUGUGACCCCUCACCCCUGCUGAAGCUCACCUGCAGCAGCAUGACACAAAGUGAGAUUGCCAUUCUCUUUUUUGCAGAACUCAUGUUCCUGGCCAAUGUUACGAUCAUCCUGGUCUCUUACAUGCUCAUCAUUAGAGCCAUCCUGAGGGUGAAGUCUGCUGGUGAGCGAGCCAAGACCUUCUGCACCUGCACCUCCCACCUUACCACUGUUGUCCUGUUCUUUGGGACUCUUGCCUUUAUGUACCCGAGAAGUAACUCAAACAAAUCCCCAGAGGAGGACAAGAUCAUGUCUGUCUUUUACACUGUGGUCAUCCCUAUGCUGAACCCCUUAAUCUACAGUCUGAGAAACAAAGAUGUAAAAGCUGCAUUCAGAAAAGUCAUUGGUGAACUCCAGUUCCCAAAGGGUGUAGCUUCAGGCAAGGGUCAUUCAUCCUGA